AUGAUCGUUUUGUUUAAUUUCGCAUUUUUGAAAAUGCAUCCACCGAACUGUGUUUGGAUGUCAGUUCUGCUGAUGAUCGCUGAUGGAAAGUAUGAUCUCCUUCACAGGUUCUCUGUGCACGGUCCCUCAGGUCCUCUGGUUGCUACUCUGGGAUCUUCAGUGGUUUUGCCCUGUUAUGUUGAUGAACUCUUAUCGAUGGAGGGUCUGGAGGUGGAAUGGAGAAGAACAGACUCAGAGACUCUGGUUCAUCUGUAUCAAGAUGGUGAGAGUCGAGCAGAGUCCCAGCAGCAGGAUUAUCAUGAUAGAGCUCAUUUCUUUACUGAUCAGAUUCAACAUGGAAACUUCUCCCUCCGUCUGGACAAUCUGAGAGCUCAAGAUGAGGGACGAUACACCUGUAAAGUUUACAGUCAGCAGGAAUCUGGUGAAACUGUGGUUGAAAUAAAAUAUGUUGAGCAUUUGCUAGUAUCAGGAUCAGAUGAGUCCAUAUCUGCGUCUGUGGGUGAGGACGUCACUCUGAACUGCUCUGUAGACUCUCACAUCACACCUGAACACAUUGAAGAGGUUUCAUGGAGGAAAACUGAUAAAGAUGAAGAUAUUCUGGUUCUGCUCUACCAAAACGACUGGGUGAGUUUCUCUGUUUCACACAUAAUGGUGUUGAUUCUCUGUAUUUCUGCAUCUGGAUGUGCACUUGUGCUCUGCUGCCUGAUCUACUGCAGAUCAGCAUAUGAAGGGUUCAUUCAACCAUUUGUUCCUCUGGGAGCUUCAGCAAUUUUGCCCUGUUAUGUUGAUGAACUCUUAUCGAUGGAGGGUCUGAAGGUGGAAUGGAGAAGAACAGACUCAGAGACUCUGGUUCAUCUGUAUCAAGAUGGUGAGAGUCGAUCGCAGCAGGGUUAUCUUGAUAGAGCUCACUUCUUUAGUGAUCCGAUUCAACAUGGAAACUUCUCCCUCCGUCUGGACAAUCUGAGAGCUCAAGAUGAGGGAGAAUAUACAUGUACCGUUUACAGUCAGCAGGACCAUUUAUUUUCAACUAAAAUCAUUUUGGAAAUGGGUAAACACAAUGGUUCAUCUUCAUUUUCUGGGCUCACUGUGUGCAAUCCUUCUGGCCCAGCAGUUGUUCGUCUGGGAUCUUCUGGGAUUCUGCCCUGUUAUGUUAACAAACGUUUAUUAGAGCAAAUUUGGAAGGUGGAAUGGAGAAGAACAGACUCAGAGACUCUGGUUCAUCUGUAUCAAGAUGGUGAGAGUCGACCAGAGUCCCAGCAGCAGGAUUAUCAUGAUAGAGCUCAUUUCUUUACUGAUCAGAUUCAACAUGGAAACUUCUCCCUCCGUCUGGACAAUCUGACAGCUCAAGAUGAGGGACGAUACACCUGUAAAGUUUACAGACAGGAGGAUUCUGUGUCCUUAGCCAAGAUGAAUUUGGAACUGCCAUUUUUUAAAACUAAUUGUAGCUGUAAUACUUCAAUUUUUCUGGGAUCUUCAGUGGUUUUGCCCUGUUAUCCCUGUUCUGUUGAUGAACUUUUAUCAAUGGAGGGUCUGGAGGUGGAAUGGAGAAGAACAGACUCAGAGACUCUGGUUCAUCUGUAUCAAGAUGGUGAGAGUCGACCAGAGUCCCGGCAGCAGGAUUAUCAUGAUAGAGCUCAUUUCUUUACUGAUCAGAUUCAACAUGGAAACUUCUCCCUCCGUCUGGACAAUCUGAGAGCUCAAGAUGAGGGACCAUACACCUGUACAGCUUACAGAAAUCAGACAUCCGUGUUUUCAUCUGAAACUAAUUUGGAACUGAGGCUACAAGACACAGUCUUCCGUCUUCAGAUGUUUCUCGUCUUCUGUCCAAAUAUGAUCAUGUUUCUUUCGUUUGUCCUCUGGGGUGUUUCUGAAGGGUCUCUGAACGAGUCGGUCUCUUGCUGUGCUCUUUAUUUUCUGAGGCCUCUUAUGUUGCUCUGGGCAGCUCCAUAUGCUCAUGAGUUCACAGGCAAGACUAAAACAUUUAUUCACAAUUACAGUUAUGACACAGAAUACAUUGUUUUAUCAACUGUUUUUUAUUCAGUUCUGUUUAAAUCUGCCUGGGACAAAAGUUUAAAUUACACCGGAUUUGAAGGUGUCACGAUAAUAUUCAUCUUUGUGACUGUGCUUCUGCUAAACCUCAUCUAUAUUAUUUUAUUGUUGGCGAGAUUCAUCUGGAAAUUAAGCCAACAGAUUAUUACUAUUUUCAGGGUUCUGGCUAGAAUAAGCUUUGAUAUUUUGCCUUCAUUACAAUUCCUCCUCCUGUUCUUCGCCUUUGGAUCUGCCAGAUCUGGAUUCAUAACUGUUGCAGUUUUACCAGUUUUUCUCACACUGACAAGAUACGACUGGGAUCUUACAUGUGGGAAACAGAUGCACUGUUCACUUUUGUUCAUGAGAUCAGUUUGGUUAAUUCUCAUGUUACUGGUCAAUGCCAUUAUGGUUUAUUUCUACAUCAUAGCACUGGGAACUGAAAAAGAUCGUAUUGGAUGGGCCUGUAUGAUUGCGUUCCUGCAGUUACUCUGGGCAUUAAUAAACUUCACAUGGUCAUUUAAAUGGGGUCUUCACCGUGUUGUUCCUGUGUAUGUGUUUGGAUCAGUUGGGGUUGUUGUACUGAACUCCGUUACACUGAUGACUGAACUGAUACUGAAAACAGUUAAUGGUGAUGGAGCAGUUGGGGAUCUGAGAGUUGUCGUCUUUUCCUCUGAAAUCCUCUUUACUGUAUUUCUGAUGAUUUUACUCGUAUUUGAACCUUGGAUCAAAAUGUGUCUGCAAUCAUGUCAGGAGACAAUAAGGUCUUUUCGAACUCCAGCUGCUGGAUCACAGUAUGAGAAUUAUUGGAAUGCAGCAGGAUCUGAUGAAACUCCAGCCAAUGGAUCAAAGCAGAACACAACAGAAUCACAUGAAAUGAAACUUCUCCUAAAGACUGAAGAUCAUGAGGCUGAUAGGACAGAGGACAGUCUGCCGGAUUCAGUGGAAUCACAAACAUGA